CUAGUCCAUGGGGCAAUCUAUCCGUUAAUUUCGUUCAGUUCGUUUUUGAAGUAGUACUCUUCGGAUAUCUUCCCUUCCCAACUCCCUUACACUUUCUUCUCAUCUUGCUGUAAACCCACCUCCAUCCAUCUCCUUUCUUGAUCUGGCUGGUCGAUCCAUCUCCCAUUCUCCCUUUCUCUCCAAAUCCAUUCCAUGUUUCUGGGUGUCUGAAUUUCCUUCUCUGCCAUCCCAUGGGCUGUGUCACCUCCAAGCAGACGGUGUCUGUCACGCCGGCGCUCGAUCAUUCCGGCGCGUUUCGGGGCAAUGCGGCGGGCGCUGCCCGGAGCAGGGAGAAGAAGAAGAGGGCUGGGUCGGGGCUGAGCGGGAGCGAGUUGGGUGAGUCGGGGAGACCGAUUUCUACCAUUGCUCCUGCUGCUGCUGCUGGUCGUGGUGGUUGUGAGAACUCGUUGAGCUAUAGGCUGGGGAAUGUGCAGAAGUGCGUGGAGGCGGAGCAGGUAGCGGCCGGUUGGCCCGCGUGGCUCAGCGCCGUCGCCGGAGAAGCCAUUCAGGGCUGGGUCCCAUUGAGGCCCGACUCUUUUGAAAAACUGGAAAAGAUUGGGCAAGGUACAUAUAGCAGUGUGUUCCGGGCACGUGAAUUAGGAACUGGGAGGAUAGUUGCUCUGAAGAAGGUCCGACUUGACAAUUUUGAGCCUGAAACUGUUCGAUUUAUGGCACGGGAAAUAAUGAUUCUCCGCAGGCUUGACCAUCCAAAUGUCAUAAAACUGGAAGGUUUAGUUACAUCCCGCUUAUCAUGCAGCAUCUACCUUGUCUUUCAGUACAUGGAACAUGAUAUCUCAGGGCUAUUGUCUUGUCCCGAUGCAAAGUUCAGUGAAGAACAGAUAAAAUGCUACAUGCACCAGUUGUUGUCUGGACUUGAAUACUGCCACUCUCGGGGGGUAAUGCAUCGAGACAUUAAAGGCUCAAAUAUUCUAGUAAACAAUGAUGGCAUUUUGAAGAUAGCUGAUUUUGGAUUGGCAACCUUGUACAAGUCUUUCCCUUCUAGGCUCAAGCAACCACUUACCAACCGGGUUGUCACUUUAUGGUACCGUCCUCCUGAACUUCUGAUGGGUUCUACUGAUUAUGAACCCUCUGUGGAUCUUUGGAGUGUUGGCUGUGUAUUUGCUGAACUUCUCCUCGGCAGACCAAUCCUAAAGGGUCGAACUGAGGUUGAACAAAUACACAAAAUUUUCAAGCUUUGUGGAUCGCCACCUGAAGACUACUGGAGGAGGUCUAAACUUCCUCAUGCAAUGUUAUACAAGCCCCAACUUCAUUAUGAGAGCUCUCUUGGUGAGACCUUCAAAGAUCUGCCAAAUGCUGCCGUGAGUCUGAUAGAAACUCUUUUGUCCGUGCAACCGCGCAAGCGUGGAACGGCCUCUUCUGCUCUUGCAUCUCAGUAUUUCACUACCAAGCCUUAUGCGUGUGAUCCAUCAAGCUUGCCUAAAUAUCCACCAAGUAAGGACAGAGAUGCAAGGCGUCGUGAAGAGGCACAAAGGAAGAAAGCUGGUGGGAGAGUCCGAGUACCUGAAACAAGAACUAAAGCAACUGGAGCGCCAAAUGGAAUCAGGAAAUUGACACCAACAGAGUCCUUGCCAGACAAAACUCAGUCUGUCGAUAAAGCUGACGGUAAUGAAGUAUGGAAUCGUAAGGAACGAAAUAGCAUCUCAGGAAUGGACCCACCUAAGUCAUCAAUUGAUGUAAUGAAACAGGCUUCCUACUUACAGAAUUCAUCCCAGGGGGAAGUUCCCUAUUCAGCAUUUGCAUGGUCAAGAAGGCAAAUCGAUGAUUCUUCUGGCAGAUCUAGUUCAAGAAACCUUGUUUUUGAAACUUCAGGCGCAUUACGUCUGAAGAACAAUUUUAAUUCAAAAAGGAACACAAAUGUCCAAGUUGUACAUGGAAGUCGUGACACUUCCCAGGAUGAAGAUUCCAGUGACACUAUUGAGCUAGCAGUGAAACCUUGGAGCCAAUUAGAUCGACCUGAUUCCUUUGAUGCUUCUUAUGGGUACCACUCCCGAGAACUGUCAGUUGCACUUUAUCAAAGAGAAAAUGUGGGAGUGAGGAGAAUCAGCUCGGCAGGCUUGUCAGCACCUCGGCUACAAGGCUGAAUUUUCGGGAACCCUGUUACCUCUCAGGUAGAGGUGACGAGUUCUUACAGAAGCGUGACCGCCACAUCCCCGAGCCAGUUCAGAGAUCAUGGUUCCAAACAGGUAAAAGCCAUGACAGUACUCAAAUAAAACUGAAGCACAAUGUAGCCAACUCCAUGAUUUGAAGAGUCCUUUCCUCGUAGCAUAACCACAGCCCCUAGCAGAACUGUUGAACUCGAUACUCCGGCAGCAUGGGAGAAAAAACUGACGACUUUUGCAGAGCUCGGAGACUCCAAGAAGAUGGAACAGAGUUGGCACUUAGUUGAUUGCUCAUUCUUUUCAAAAACCACCAGUUUUUUAGGUUAGGGUAUGCAACUUCUGCUUCUUUAGCUCUAACCUUUCAUAUUUGUUUCAUUUGUUAUUUAUUUUUUUCCCAGAAAUGCAAAAUUUUCCUGGAAAAAAAUGUAUAGGCUAAUGGCAACAUCCUGCUAACAGCCAAAUGUAUAGUUUGCAAUGGCUCCUGGCAGUAGGAUUGCCCUUUGUUCUUCCUUUCUUGUUUGAUAGCUUUGCUGACAGUCUUGCGGCUGAAUUUUUUCCUGAUACUUCCAA